AUGUCAGCUGAAGCCCCAAAAAGACAAUUUGGUGAUAGAAGAAGAGGUGGUAGAAGAGGCGGUAGAAGAGAUGGUGAAGAAAAAGGAUGGACUCCAGUCACCAAGUUAGGUAGAUUAGUCAAAGCUGGUAAAAUCACCAGUGUUGAACAAAUCUAUUUGCACUCUUUGCCAGUCAAGGAAUACCAAAUCAUUGAUUUGUUAUUACCAGACUUGAAAGAUGAUGUCAUGAAGAUCAGAUCUGUUCAAAAACAAACCAGAGCUGGUCAAAGAACCAGAAUGAAGGCUGUUGUUGUCAUUGGUGACUCUAACGGUCAUGUUGGUUUGGGUAUCAAGACCGCUAAAGAAGUUGCUUCUGCCAUUAAAGCCGCCAUUGUUAUUGCCAAAUUAUCCAUCAUCCCAAUCAGAAGAGGUUAUUGGGGUUCUAACUUGGGUCAACCACACUCUUUGCCAUGUAAGGUCACUGGUAAAUGUGGUUCCGUUGCUGUUAGAUUGAUUCCAGCUCCAAGAGGUAAAGGUAUUGUUGCUUCUCCAGUUGUCAAGAGAUUAAUGCAAUUGGCUGGUGUUGAAGAUGUCUAUACUUCUUCUUCUGGUUCUACCAGAACCACCGAAAACACCUUGAAAGCUGCUUUCGCUGCUAUCGGUAACACUUACAGUUUCUUGACUCCAAACUUGUGGGCUGAAACUCCAUUAGCUGCUUCUCCAUUGGAAGUUUACGCUGAAGAAGCUGCUGCCGGUAAAAAGAGAUACUAA